AUGACCGUCAAUCUAAAAUUAUUUGAAGGAUGUCUACAAUGCCAACUUACCGAACGUGCCAAGAAAGGUUUCGUUGUAACGAUGAUGGGUUUUUCACAUUCACUUCUACGGAGCAGUUGUUUCCAUACCGUGUGCUUCAACAGUCCGUUUGUUUAUCAUCCAAGUGUUAAGGGCUUGGAUGCUAGCCGUUCAUGGAUGUGCUACUGGGCAGUGCACAGCCUAAAUAUACUAGGCGUGUCUUUGCCACAUACUCAGAAAGCUGAAAUUGUUGCCUUCCUGAAAACAUGCCAGCACCCGGAUGGCGGUUUUGGAGGUGGGCCAGGUCAAUAUGCUCACUUAGCUCCGACAUAUGCAAGUGUAAUGGCGUUAGCUUCACUUCAAACCGAAGAAGCUCUAGCAGCAAUCAAUCUAGACUCUUUAUCACGUUUUCUACAUCGUAUGAAACAACCUGAUGGCUCGUUCACCAUGCACGAUGGCGGCGAAGCCGAUAUCCGUGGUACAUACUGUGCUCUUGCGGUUGCUGCUCUUUGUGGCAUCAUGACAGACAAGUUGAAGGAUGGUGCAGCGGAAUGGGUUAUAAAGUGUCAAACCUAUGAAGGAGGCUUUGGUGGUGAACCAUUGACCGAAGCACAUGGCGGUUAUGCUUUUUGUGGAGUAGCUAGUCUUGUAAUUCUUGAUAGGUAUCGUCUUGCCGAUUCCGAACUAUUGCUGCAAUGGCUUUCUAAAAGGCAGAUGCGAUUCGAAGGUGGAUUCCAGGGUCGUACCAACAAAUUGGUGGAUGGCUGUUAUAGUUUUUGGCAAGCCGCCAACUUCCCUCUCAUCGAUGGAGAGAUGGCUAGGCAGGGCCGCCUUCCCACUGAAGGCCUUUUUGAUGCCAGAAUGUUGGAAGAAUAUAUUCUGAUGUGCUGCCAAGACGAUGCGGGUGGUUUCCGCGACAAGCCUGACAAAUCACGAGAUCUCUACCAUACUUGUUAUGUUCUCAGCGGUCUUGCUAUUGCUCAGUCUUAUUCGGCCACACGCGAACCGGACGGAAUACUUGGAGGGAGUGAGAACGCUGUGGUGCCCAUCAAUCCGGUAUUCAACCUCACCACUUUGAGCGAACAAUUUGCUGUGAGUUUCUUCGGAGAAGGUCGCAGUUGA